AUGGGUGCCGAAGAGUCAAGGCCACGAGCAUCUGGAGGACUUAGUGAUCGAGAUGGUGCAAUUGAUUUUACUGAAUUCAUCGUAGGAAUCACCGUUUUUCGGGAAAAAGCUCUAGAGACGCGACUUGAACGAGUGUUCGAUAUAAUCGAUGUAUCGGGCGAUGGAUAUAUUAGUUUCGACGAGAUGCUCAAUUUCAUGUCCAAAGUGCUGAUACUGGCAGAUCCCCAAAAAAGGAAGAAUAUUGAUGGGAAAACUCUUGCUGCUAUGGUCUUCACUAUGUUUGGUCUCAACAAUACAUCCCAGAAAAUAAGCAAACGUCAAUUUGUCGAAGGAUGCCAAAAUAAUGAAGAUCUUCGGAAUAUAUUUCAAACUGAAUAA